UUGACCGGCGUACCAAUUCACCUGGACAAUUCGGACUCAGACGCUUCAGUAUCCUAUGACGAAGGAUACGACAAUGCCGGCAGGUCAUUGACCGCAGUAUCCUGCUCCGACGGUGAGAACGGUCUCAUCACCCGCUACGGAUGGCAGACGCAAGGCCAGAUCCCGAAUUUCCCCUACAUUGGCGGUUUUCAGGGCAUCGCUGGAUGGAACUCGCCUCAGUGUGGUACUUGCUGGGCGGUCACGUACAAGGGCAAGACUAUCAAUGUGCUGGCAGUUGACCACACCGCAAAUGGGUUCAAUAUUGCGAAAAGGGCCAUGGACGAGCUCACGGGCGGUAAUGCAGUACAGUUUGGCCGGGUCGAUGCGCAGGCCGUGCAGGUUGUUGCCAGUCAGUGCAGGAUCUGA